AUGCCUGAUCCCGCCAAGUCUGCACCAGCGCCCAAGAAAGGCUCUAAGAAAGCCGUGACCAAGACUCAGAAGAAGGACGGCAAGAAGCGGAGGAAGACCAGGAAGGAAAGCUAUGCCAUCUACGUGUACAAGGUGCUCAAGCAGGUCCACCCUGACACCGGCAUCUCCUCCAAGGCCAUGGGCAUCAUGAACUCCUUUGUGAAUGAUAUCUUCGAGCGCAUCGCAGGGGAAGCCUCCCGCCUGGCUCACUACAACAAGCGCUCCACCAUCACCUCCCGGGAGAUCCAGACCGCCGUGCGCCUGCUGCUGCCUGGAGAGCUGGCCAAGCACGCCGUGUCCGAGGGCACCAAGGCCGUCACCAAGUACACCAGCGCCAAGUAA